CCACUGCAUUCAUUGCCCAAAUGCUGCUCGGAGUUAUUGAAUGAAACUUGUUUUUUCUGCUUUCACAGCAAUUUUCUUUAAACUAUUUCAUUUUGGAAGGAUUUUUUUUUCUAUCGUUUGAUCUUUUUUGGAGACGCAUGUGAAUUAAUUAAAUUUAGAGAAAGAAUCGUGAUAGCGCCAUUUUUUAAAAGUUUCAAAGCAGAGAAGGGACAUUGAGAUAAAGUGUGUGUUGGCGCUCCUCGUCGUCGAUAGAUCGUGGGAGCUAGUGCUGGCAAAUUAAGCACAACUAUACUUUGCAAGGAACUUUCCAAUGGAUGUGACGGUAGUAUUCUUUCUUUGCUUACCUUUACUAUGUGCCAGUCUCGGUGCUAAACGGAUACUCAAGUUAGAUAGAGACCACUUAAAGUCCGAUUUCCUGAACAUUUUUGGCUCUUGGGCGACCAUUUUCUCUGACGCCGAGAUGGAUUUCCGAUACUUUGCAGCUCACGACUAUGACAAUAACAAAAAGCUCGAUGGACUCGAACUCUACACUGCUCUGGGCCAUGAUUCCCGUCACGAUAAUGAAAGUCAUGUGGAAGACCACUCAACGCCAGAAGACAUCGAAAGACAGGUGGACGAUAUCUUCGAGGAGCACGACACCAACAACGACGGCUUCCUCAACUACAAAGAGUUCCUGUCGGUGCAGCGGACCUAUCCGGAUCUCACCGAAGACAAAAAGGGGGGCGACAGGAAACCACCGAGCCGAGAUUUAUGAGACGCUUCCGUGAAACGCCAGACCCGUUCACCCGCACCUGCAUCCACAGAGCAUUAAAUUUGUCAGAAAAAUGGAAUGCCGUGAUGUUCUCUGUUUUUUUUUAUCCUCUUACCGCACGACACUGCCAUAGACAGAAAUAAAAACAAAUAUUCUUCAGA